UGUCUUAUGUGUUGCAUUUGGACCCACCUGAGCUCCUAAUCCAACAACUUUUUUAUUUAGAAAACAAACAAUUGGUGGUGUUGUCAUUUGGCUUGGCUAUAUCUCUCUGUCACUUGUCAAAUACCUGUGCCAAAUUUUCUUCUCCUACUAGACACAAUUCUGAGCUUCAUCCUCAUCUGUCUUGGUUCAAAAUGAAAGGGUAGAAAGACUGAUAUGGUCUGUCUAUUUCUUAGUUUCUAAUUGCACCAGGGCGCAGUUAUCCUAGAAGGUUCAACGAGAUUACAUCACUGAGUGACCCUACCUGUUUACUACUUCUCAAGGUGAAUCAUGUCAUUGGUUAGAUCUGCUGAUCUAGCUCCUACAUCAUAUGAAAAUGCUAAGCUCUACUCACUAAAGGGAACUGAUGUUAGACCAGGCUUGUCCUCCCAAAUUUUUGGUCCUGAUAAGCAUAGAAGCACAUACAUGACAGAUACUUGCUCCCGCGAGAGUUAUGAGAAGUACUUCCAUGACUCACAAACAGAAGAACUGAUAGAACCAUCUAGUUCCAGCAUCUCUGGAAGCUCAAUUCACCCUGAUGCAGCCUCUUCAUACCAGCUCAGAGCUAGUUCAGGAGCUUCUAUGGUUGCUAAUAACCCAUUUGAUACUUCUUCCAUGUCUACUAGGCAUCAUGGUGGUUAUCGAUCUAACUUUGGAUCAGAUUUGAUGGAGAAUGUUAGCCUGGAUUCACGUGACAAUGAUGGUCAAAUGAAAUUAAAACUACAAGCAUUGGAGAGGGCAUUGCUUGAUGAUAGUGAUGCUGAGGAGGAGGAGGAAGAGGAAGACAUAUUUGAGGCUACUCAAAGCAUGGAAAUAGACCCUGACAUUGCUGAGUGGGCUGAUUCCAUGCAGAAUAUGCUGCUCCAUGAUUCACCAAAGGAGUACUCAUCUUCAGAUUCCAAUAUUAGCAGCAUCAGCAGCACCAAAGAAACGUUACAAACUUUUCAUAACCCCAAGCAACUGCUUUAUGAAUGUGCUAUUGCACUUUCAGAAGGAAAUGAAGAGGAAGGGUCAUCUAUGAUAAACAAUCUCCGGCAGAUGGUCUCAAUUCAGGGAGAGCCUUCUCAAAGAAUUGCAGCCUACAUGGUUGAGGGGCUUGCAGCUCGCCUCGCCGAAUCCGGAAAAAGCAUUUACAAAGCUCUGAGAUGCAAGGAACCUCCUUCUUCAGACCGUCUAGCGGCAAUGCAGAUACUGUUUGAGGUUUGCCCUUGUUUCAAAUUUGGAUUUAUUGCCGCUAACAAUGCAAUAACAGAAGCAGUGAAAGAUGACAUGAAGAUUCAUAUAAUAGACUUUGACAUCAAUCAAGGAAGUCAGUACAUAAAUCUAAUUCAAACACUUGCUUCAAGGUCAAGUAAGCCACCCCAUGUUAGAUUGACAGGGGUUGAUGACCCUGAGUCUGUGCAAAGAUCUGUUGGAGGCCUAAAGAUCAUAGGACAAAGACUAGAGAAACUCGCAGAAGCACUUGGUUUGCCAUUCGAGUUUCGAGCAGUGGCAUCAAGGACUUCCAUUGUCACCCCAUCAAUGCUCAAUUGUAGACCUGGUGAAGCACUUGUGGUGAACUUUGCAUUCCAGCUUCAUCACAUGCCUGAUGAGAGUGUUUCAACGGUAAACGAACGCGACCAGCUUCUGCGCUUGGUGAAGAGCUUGAAUCCAAAGCUUGUGACAGUUGUGGAGCAAGAUGUGAACACAAACACUACCCCCUUCUUGCCUAGAUUUGUUGAGGCCUACAAUUACUACUCAGCUGUGUUUGAGUCUCUUGAUGUGACUCUCCCUAGAGAAAGCCAGGACAGGAUGAAUGUUGAAAGGCAAUGCUUAGCAAGGGACAUUGUCAACGUUGUUGCAUGCGAGGGCGAGGAUCGGAUUGAACGGUAUGAGGUUGCAGGAAAAUGGAGGGCAAGGAUGACAAUGGCUGGCUUCACUUCAUCACCAAUGAGCACAAAUGUGACUGAUGAAAUCCGAAAACUCAUUAAGGUGAUGUAUUGUGACAGGUACAAGAUAAAGGAGGAAAUGGGGGCACUUCAUUUUGGUUGGGAAGACAAAAACUUGAUUGUUGCCUCAGCUUGGAAGCUACCAAGAUAAUUAGUUAUGUUAGGCCACAGACUCAUUCUAGUAUUGGUAAUGUAGUGUUUGCUUGCUUGCUUGUUCAGUCUGUAGAUUACUUCCGAUAUUCCUUUUGUAGUGUUUGUUUGCUUCUCCACAUGUAUACUAACGUGCAAUCUUAAGCUAAUAACGAAUUUUCAUUUUAUGCAA